AACAGCCCAGGAGCAGAGAGCUGGCGCUGCGCGGGCUGAGGAACCUUUACGCUGGGAGGAUGCAGCUGCUGCUACCUGACGCGCUGCUGUGGCUGCAGGACAUGCGGGCUGACAUCAAACUGCAGGCCAUACAUCUGCUGCAGGACAUUGUGGCACAGCGCCCCGCCAGCAUCCGAGGUGUGCUCAGCCAGCUGGCCGUGCAGCUGCUGUCCUGCUUCAAUGAGGACAACGCAGAGGUGCGCUGGCGCUCCAUGGAGCUCUUUGCGCUGCUGCUGGAGGCGCCAGGCAGGAAGCAGCUGCUGCUGCAGGCGGAGAGGAGUCUGCUGCCACUCUUCAUCCACAUGAAUGAGGACAUCCCCAACGUGGCGCAGGCUGCUCAGAAAGCUCUGAUCCACGCCGCCAAGCUCCUGGGCUGGCAGCAACUGCAACGCUUGGCCUGUGCGGCGGAGGUCUGGAUGAUUGCUGACUGCCUGCUUCAGAAGAGGGGCAGAGAUGCGGAGCAGUACCUGAAGGACACGGUGCUGCACCUGCACAGCCCCCAGGUGCCCGUGAGGGACACGGCCGUGCGCUUCCUCGGGCUGCUAGGGCGAAAGCUGAGGAAUGAGAACCGGGAGAAGGUGUUGGACAUCCGUAAAGCCCUGGAGGGCGCCAAGGAGGACAGCGAGCCGACCGUGCGCUGUCUGGUGCUGCAGACACUGCUGAUCCUCAGCGUGCUGGAAGAUGUGCCGCCCACCAGGCCCAGGUUGCGCCGAUGGUUCUGGAGAACGUGGAGGGAGUAGUGCCGCUCCACAGGGAUGGGUCUUCGUCUGUCACGUUUGUUGUAGUGUUAUAUGUAGAGCUGAAAUAAAAGUAGUUAUUAGUUAUUAGUUAAA